CUUGUUGCAACAGCGCUGAGCGGGGCAGUCAGCAGGACAGCGACAGCACCCGUCGACCGGUUGAAGAUGCUGUUACAGACGCACGAUGGGGCGAAAGGACUGUCCUUGCGGCAAGGCUGGCAAAAGAUGAUGGCAGAGGGUUCUAUCAAGUCGUUCUUCAAGGGUAACGGCGCUAACGUGGUGAAGAUUGCGCCGGAGACAGCACUCAAACUGACGCUGAACGACGCAAUACGAAGCCUUGUAGCCCAGGACCCGGACCAUGUGCGCGUGCGGGAACGGAUGGCAUCAGGCGGAAUUGCGGGCGCAAUAGCGCAGGGCCUGUUAUAUCCCUUGGACACCAUCCGGACCCGGCUGGCGGUGUCCCCCCCCGGCACGUACGCGGGCAUCCUGCACGCUGCAUACCGCAUCCGUCGAGACGAGGGCGUCCACGCGUUCUACCGCGGACUGAUGCCCUCCAUGAUUGGGAUCCUACCCUUUGCGGGUGUAGACAUUGCACUGUUCGAGGUUUUCAAGGACCGGUUGUAUGAGCAGUACGACGGCCCGCCGCCGCACAUGGCCAUCGUGGCAGCUGGCAUGUUGUCCUCCUCCAUUGCCCAGGUGGUGUCGUACCCCCUGGCACUCAUCCGUACACGGCUACAGGCGCAGGCGGUCCACCAGCGGCGUCCUGACGGCUCGCUGGUGCUGGGGGAAAUCAAGUACCGGGGCAUGAUGGACGUGUUUCGGAAGACGGUGCAGCACGAGGGUGUGCGGGGGCUGUACAAGGGGCUAUUGCCCAACUUAUUAAAGUUGGCGCCGGCGGCGGGCAUCGGCUGGUUUGUCUUCGAGGAGACAAAACUUGCCUUGGGUGUAGAUCCGCGGUCGUGAUACCCAACCCCCGCCUACGGAGUGUGUCAGUCGUCC